AUGUCGGAACACCAGGGAGCAGCGCCACCGAAGGCCGACCGGCGCCCCAAGGGCGCCGUCCCGUACAUCGUGUCUCCGGACUGCGCGGCGCACAUAGAAUGGCUGAAGCGAGCCCUGGGCGCGGAGGCGGCCGGGGAAGUGUACCACAUACCUGACGAUUACGAGGUGGCUGCGGACUGGAACAAGGGCGGAGACCCCGGCAAGAAACCCAUCGUGGACGCGCCGGUGCUCAUCAACGGGGGGCCCGUCUACAUGUGCGACAACGUCGACCACGAGAAGAAGACGGCGAUUGGGGAGGCCGGGCCACAGGGACGCGGCUUCAUGGUUCAUCUGAGCGUGCCCGACCCCGACGCUCUGUGGGCGAAUGUGCUGAAGGAGGGCGCGAAGGCAAAGCUGGACCUGAAGGUCCAGUACUGGGGCGCGAAGUUCGGCGUCUUUGAGGACCCCUUCGGAUACCAAUGGUCGGUCAGCUUGGAUAAGGAGUGA